AUGUUGAUGCAGGUCGAAAUGCAACAACAGGAACGCUUUCUCAAUUGGCAAAAGCGCUGGCGGAGCACCAGAGGCAGCUACAAAGGCUUUGUGGAACGACAGGAGCAUCUUCAAGUGUUUUCUUGCCCAACUGGACUGGUGAUGGUGCUUCCAAGAGAUCGAUCUGAACCACAAUUUGAUGCGUUUCUGAAUACAUGCAUCGAUUGGUGUCGUUAUCAGAGCAGCAAAUCUCCCAAGCGAUUGAAGCGGAAGUGGCGUCACAUGACCACUGUGAUCCAGCGGCUCUGCCGGUCACGCGCCAAAGGCGCUGCAGAGCCGGACGAGUCCGUGGCUUUGGAGGAACAGAUCAGCGGGUCAAACGAGCCCUUUGAGGAAAUGGCCAGCGAGGCCAUCUCUCAAACUGACGACGAGACAUUGGGGCUUGGGUGGACUUUGGAUGGAGCUGAGAGUGAGCAAGACCCGGAGCAUCAUGCUUUGAAGUCAUCAUUUCGUGAGGAAAAGGGCGUGGCACAAGGGCCUGCAGAUCGACCUACACAGCGAAAUACAUGA